AUGGUCUCCAGAAUCCCCAACGACAUCUUCCAAUUCAGCACCGUCUCCGCCCUGAUGGCGGGCCUCUGCACCUCCGGUCCGCUGGCACAUCAACUAACCGGCUACGGCACUCACGGGCUGGGAACCUGCAGCGCCCUCAACGGCGAAGUCCUCUUCCUCGACAGCGUAGCCUACCACAUCACGACCUCUCCGUCCAAGAAAAGCAGCAGCCAGAGCAUGACCCAAGGCGCCGCCGAUGAUCAAGAAGCGCUUAACGACGCCGCCCGCGGGCUGGACCCCGUCAUCAAGAAAGCAGCCCGCGACGCCAUGAUGCCGUUCGUGCAGGUCACGCUGUUCCGGCCCGAGUUCAGGCUUCCUCUUCCCCUACCGCAAUCGAAGACGCUGUCGAAAUCCUCGCUGCUGAACACGCUCUCCUCGCCGCCGCGAAGUCCCGGGGGCCCGCUGCCGCCGGCGGAUUUGAAGGGCACGACAGGCGGCCAGAACAGCUUCCUGCCCUUCCUGAUCCGCGGGACCUUCGCCGACAUGACAAUCCGCAUCGGCGGACCCAUAAAGGACGACUCCGAAUCGCUGGCGCAGGUCACGGCGCGGGCGCCGCAAUGGCGCAUCAAAGGUGCGAAGGGCACGAUUUUCGGCUUCUUGAGCCCUGCAUGGAGUAACGGCAUCUCGGUUGCGGGGUUCCAUGGGCAUUUUAUCGAGGACGAGGGACAGGGCGCCAGGAGAGGUGGGCAUGUGCUUGAUUUCGUGGUUGGGGAGGGUGAGGGAAGGGUUGAGUGGGGUGUUAGUGGGCAUCAUCAUUUGGGCCUGCCGAGGGGGGAAGAGUGGGAGAGUCUGGAGCUGGGGGUGGACGCUGAGGGCAUUGCUAAGGCUGAGGGGUGA